CUCAGAUAUGCAGAUGACACCACCCUUAUGGACACCCUGCACCUGAAGAAGUGCGUCAACCAGGGCCUGUUCAACCUGCACCAGCUGGCCACUGAGAGCAGUGAUGCCCACCUGUGCUCCUUCCUGGGGACAAGCAACCUGGACCAGCAGGUCAAGUUCAUCAAGGAGCUGGGGGACCAUGUCAGCAACCUGAGCAACGUGGGGUCCCUGGAAGGCGGCCUGGCAGAGUACGUCUUUGACAAGCUCAUCCUGGGUGAUGGUAACAAGGAGGACUGA